UGUUCUGUGUGAGCCAAAGGCAGGAGCAGGGAACCAUCUCGACCUUUCUCUUUGACUGCGAGACCGUGGGAGCGCUCUAAUUGGCGGCCGUAGAAACAGAGGAAGUAGUUUGUUCUCUUCAGGGUUUCAUUGGCAGACACCGUCAACGAUCAUUAAGUGCCGUUUUGUGUUCAGAAGUUGGCGUGUUGUUGUUUUUAUUCAUUAAAGAAAAGAAGUGACGACAGUUCGGCCAUGGCUUCCUUCAACAAAGGUCCUGCCUACGGGUUAUCAGCAGAGGUGAAGAACAAAAUUGCGCAGAAGUAUGACCCUCAAAAGGAAGAAGAACUCAGGAUCUGGAUUGAGGACAUCACCGGCUGCCCCAUCGGCCCCGACUUCCAAAAAGGCCUGAAGAACGGAAUUAUUCUGUGCGAGCUCAUUAACAAACUGCAGCCAGGCUCUGUGAAAAAGAUCAACCAGUCGGCGCUGAACUGGCAUCAGCUGGAGAACCUGACGAACUUCAUCAAAGCCAUCACAAAUUACGGCUUGAAGCCUCACGACAUCUUUGAAGCCAACGACCUGUUUGAGAACGGCAACAUGACGCAGGUCCAGACCACGCUGCUCGCCCUGGCUAGCAUGGCUAAGACCAAGGGUUGCCAGUCGCGGGUGGACAUCGGCAUAAAGUAUGCAGACAAGCAGCAGCGGAUGUUCGAUGAGGAGAAGAUGAAGGCUGGACAGUGUGUCAUCGGCUUACAGAUGGGGACCAACAAGUGUGCCAGCCAGGCCGGUAUGAAUGCAUAUGGCACCAGGAGGCAUUUAUAUGAUCCUAAAGUUCAAAUCCAGCCCCCCAUGGACAACACAACCAUCAGUCUGCAGAUGGGAACCAACAAGGGAGCGAGUCAGGCUGGGAUGACUGCUCCUGGGACCAGGCGGGCAAUUUAUGACCAGAAACUGGGCACAGACAAGUGCGACAACAGCACCAUGUCCCUGCAGAUGGGCUACAGUCAGGGAGCCAACCAGAGUGGGCAGAACUUUGGGCUGGGACGGCAGAUCUACGAUUCCAAGUACUGCCCCAAAGCUGGAGAAGUCCCCAACGAUCAGAAUGGAGCUGGCAGUGGCCGAGAGUACUUCCACGACUACAACGAUGAAGGUUACCAGGGUUACCAAGAAGAGGAGCGGGUAUACCAUGAUGACGGGACAGAUUAUUAAACGGAUGGAGAGUGAGGGCAUUGGGAACAAAGUGGCACGCUGUGUUAGAAAGCCUGGAGCCAGGCAGAUGGUUUAUUUUUUUAUCCAUAGGAUGUUGCACCGUCAUUUUGGGUCCCAUCCUUUUUAGUAUUGUAUAAAUGUGUCCUUAGCCCCAAUUAAUACACAUAUCAUCAUGAGCUGUAUUUCUGUGAUUCCUCUUUUUUAUACGUAAAAUAUUUAGUAAUUUGCUUAAACCAUCUGUUUGAUUUAGCUUGUUUAUUACUGGAACUAUUUGUGCCAAAGUUACAGAAAUUUUAUGUCCUGAAAGCUUUUUUUUUUUUUUUUUUUUUGCUGACUCGUUUCGUUAAAUGAAGGGAGAACCCCUGGUUUUCAACAUGAGACUGAUUUUGGGUAGUUUAAGAAUACUAUAAUAUGUAUUUUUUGUGGAAAGAAAAUGCUGUUUAUAUCUGUAGUUUCUAGAUUAGCAUAUAGACGUUCCUCCCUGUGAAUAAGACUGUACAUUUCUGCGUUAUACUGUCAGUAUCUCUAGUCCUUCAGUAUUGGUCAUUGACCUUAGCCAAGUUAGUUUUUCACAUGAGGGAUAAAAUCCAGAUUUAGUCAGAACAAAACAUUUUUUUUCUUCUCAUACAAGCUUCUUCCUUUCUUAUCUUUAGUGGAGGAAAUGGUUUCUUUGUUUGCUUAACCAUUCCAUCUGGAGAUAGGUUUGUUUUCUUUGGACCAGAGGCAGCAUAGGAGUUACAAACAUUCCAAGCAUGAAUACUGGAUCUUUGUUCAGUGAGUUUUAGUGAAUAUUUUGUGAACAAUGGUUGAUAUGCGAACAAUCCUUCCAUCAUGUAUUGAUCGUUUCUGAUGCUAUUUAUGCUGAGUCUGAACAAUGGUUGUUGAAUUUUGUUUUUCCUCUGCAAUAAUGUUGCCCAUAAGGAAAAACUGAACAUGUGAAAGUGGUUUAAUAAAAUGUAUACAGUA